AUGAACAGCCCCGGCGUCUCACUGCGCUUUGUCGCUGACUCGGGAGUUUGUGAGGCGACGCCAGGCGUACGCCAACUGUCAGGCUACAUUGAUGUUGGAACGAACAUGUCUAUGUGGUUCUGGUUCUUCGAAUCGCGUAUUUCGCCUGAGACGGCCCCGUUUACCUUGUGGUUGAAUGGAGGACCUGGCUGCUCCUCGAUGAUUGGUCUCUUUCAAGAGAACGGCCCGUGUCUGGUCAACCCCGACGGUGCUACAACGACGAUCAACCCCUACAGUUGGAACAAUAUCAGUAACAUGAUCUACAUCGACCAACCAAUAGGCACUGGCUUUUCGUUCGGAAACGACACCGUCAACAGCACCCAGUCGGCAGCUCCACGAGAGUUCAUUUUCGCGACAGAGAGCUAUGGAGGCCAUUAUGGUCCCGCCUUCGUGACCUAUUUCAACCAGCAAAAUGCCCUCAUUGCGCGAGGCCUCGUUCGGGGUGUCAAAGUCGUCGUAAGUGCCCUCAUGAUUAACAAUGGCUGGUACGACCCUCUCAUCCAGAACGAAGCCUACGUGCAUUUCGCCACCAACGCACCAGGGUAUGGCCAACUUCAAUCAGACAAGGUCCUCCAGCAAAUGAAAACAUCGUUCUUCGGGCCUGGGGGGUGCAGAGAGCAGGAAGAGGCGUGCUAUGCAGCUGGAACUGGUCCGGAGUCGGAUCAGAUCUGUCGAGACGCGGAUGACUUCUGCAUCGACAACGUUUUCUCCCCUGCUGUCGGCGACCACGACGCAAACGACCUGAGGCAAAGCGGGAACUCUACCACACCGUUCCCGCCGAACUUUUAUGUGACCUUCCUGAACUUGAACUCGACGAGACAAAAGAUCGGUGCAGAAGUGGCACGGUUCAGAGCGUGUGCGAACGCGCCCUUCAACCUUUUCGUCCGGACGGGAGAUGAUGCGAGGACGCUCCUCCCUCCACUGGCCGCGUUGGCCAAUUCGGGCAUGAAAAUACUCAUCUGGGCAGGGGACGCCGACAUUAACUGCAACUGGCUGGGCGGGCAUGCUUCCGUCCUCGCCAUGAACUGGUAUGGGAAGAAGCGUCUCGCCAGGACGCCGUUCCGUAACAUGACGAUCAACGGAACACCCGUUGCCGCGAUACAGAAUGUGGAUAACUUUGCCUUUGCGCGAGUUUAUCAGGCAGGGCACGAAGUUCCCGCCUUCCAACCGCAAGCAUCGUUUGAGAUCUUCAAGCAAGUGAUCAACAUGGAACAGUUACAUUCCGUGAAUGUAAUACCCUUAUAA